AUGGCAACGUCCAACCCAAACAAGCCCGAGCUGGGCGAUAUUCUGAUCGUCAUCCACGACUUCCAGGCUCGCAGUUCCGAUGAGUUAACCCUGGCGAAAGGCGACCGUGUUGAGCUUCUCGAGCGAGAUGACGAGUUUGGAGAUGGGUGGUUUUUGGGCAAGCACACUGUCAAUGGGAACAUUGGCCUCUUCCCAGAGGUCUACACGCGGCCAGCACCGAAAGCCAGCGCAAGCGUCCCGGCCUUAGCACCACCGAAGCAGCUUCUUUCCCCUUUGGCCGAGGCGCCAAGCGCGCAGACGACUCCCGCCACCAGUCCGCCUGUCGUGGGGCAUCAGAGCGACCCCAUCGCCAAUGCGAAACCGGUUUCGCCCACGCUGCCCCUGGAUACCUUGAAGUCGACGGUUGCCACUCCCAACCCCCCUGCGCCUUCAACCAGUGUGCCGCCCGGGGUUGGUUCUGGUCUCGGUAGCACAACCACACCGAAAGCCAGCACUGAUAGCCAUGUCCUGCACGACACCCUAAACGUCAUCAAUGAACACAUCACAGAUUUCAAUACACCUCAACUAGGCAGCUCGUCGCUUCGCAAUGGCAAUGACUCGGGCAGCGAGUACAGCUCGCACCUGGGCCACCGGGUUUCAUACAUCCAGGGGGAGGAGACAGACGAAGAGGAGGAGACGAUGGUCCACACGCGUCCGGAGGUCGAGUCGUGGUCCGCCGACCAGGUUGCUGAGUAUCUGUUCACCGCUGGCGUUGAGAAGCACCAUUGUGAGGUUUUCAGGGACCAAGAGAUCACGGGUGAAGUGCUACUGGGAAUGGAUCAGACAUCGGUUUUCAUCAAAGCGCUUGACUUGGGAUCCGUGGGGAGGAGACUCAAAACAUGGCAGAAGAUCAAGCAGCUCCAGGACGAGGUGAACGGAGUGGCACCGACGAGCGGAAGAAAUACCCAGAAUUAUGGAAGCGAUGCAGGGUCUGAUGCGGGAAGGAUCCGGAGCAGAACGAAUACGAUAACCAACUCGGGCUCGCGCCUAGUCUCUGUGAACGAACCCUCGCUCUCUAUCAAGACGAAGCGGUUGUCACAGACCCCGAAGAUGGAGCCUUAUGAACCGGUAUCACCCGUCUCGCCACUCAUCGACAGCCCAAUUCGCACGUACCACGACAAACGGCCAUCCGCUGCAUCCGUCCGAGAUUUGCACCACUCGCGGCGCCACUCUUCAACCGAUUAUGGCCUAGCGGGGAUACGCCCCAACACUUCUGCGGCCACUUCGAAGGUUCCGCCGAACAGCGCCGUUACGCGACAGGACGUCUCCCAUAAGAAGAAGCCGUCCUUCGACCGUAACUGGACGCUGGGUAGCGCCACGGCUUAUGCACAGCGUCCCCUAUCGUCUGCGGGGCUUCAUGACGCAAUGCCGGGGCAAGGUUCAGAGCUUCAAGACUCGGCAGUUGAGCUCGACAAGGGCUACUUCUCGGGCACCGAUGCGGAUCCACGGCGGCGCAAUGUGUUGAAGAAGCGUGACAGUGCCACAGCGUCGCCAAAAGCAAGCUACGCAGAGGAACAACGCGUGAGAAGUGCCACUGCAUUGUCGCGCCACUCGAGGCUUGGUAGCGUGGAUUCUGUGCGCGAGUCGCCGAUGUCAUCCGCGGCCCAAAAAUACUACGGCGUUUCUAGGCGCUCGCCUUCGGUCGCGACCACCGACUCGUUCCGCCAAAUCUCAGGCUCCAAGGAGGCCACAUACCCCACCGUCACAAGACUGGACAGCAACGCGUCCGAUCACUCGCGAUCAUCGCCAAAAUCUGCCAUCAAGCGGUUAAGCCAAGUUAAUCAUCCGGACUUCAACAUGAAGAUGCUGUUGGCCAGCGGACUUGGAGGAUUACGCGCUGCCUCGGAUGCAAUCACUGGGACGGAAAGGGCGAAGCUGUCACCAAUCGAGUCGCCACUCAAGGAAUCGCCCAUGUACUCGCCUGCUCGUACCGGGUCAACCACCCCUUCCAAAGGGCCGAGUUUUGAACUUGACUCGCCCGAUACGACUAAGAGCCCGAGCACGGCAACGACGGCGACCACACGGACCAGUCGCAAGAAGACCAAGCAGGAGACGAGUGCGUACCAGCGAGGUCUCCAGAAGAUCAGCCCCCGGGAAGCCAUCAAAGAUGCAGACUACAGUGGGUGGAUGAAGAAGAGGAGCGCCAACCUCAUGACGACCUGGAAGCCUCGCCUGUUCGUUCUGAAGGGCAGGCGUCUCGCAUACUACUAUUCAGAAGACGACGACCAGGAAAGAGGCCUGAUCGACAUCUCGUUCCACCGAGUGCUUCCGGCUGACAACGAGCGGCUCACUGGACUCCAUGCUACGCUCACGGGGGUAUCGAGCACGCCUGCGAUGCCGGCUGGAAGCCACAUCACGACGCUCGCAGCUGCCAAUGAGGAACGGGAUCCGGCGACGGAAUCGGAUUCCAUCUUCAUCUUCAAGCUGGUGCCGCCGCGUGCCGGUCUCUCUCGCGCAGUCAACUUCACGAAACCUACCGUGCAUUAUUUCGCGGUCCCGAACAUCAAGCAAGGGCGGCUGUGGAUGGCGGCGCUGAUGAAAGCAACAAUUGACCGCGACGACACGCAGCCAAUCACGACCACGUAUCAGCAGAAGACCAUCUCGCUGGCGAAGGCACGGCAAAUGCGGCACAGGCCACCGGCACUGAUGAACCUCGAAGAGGGCGCUAACGAUGCCAACAACGAGAAGAGGAAAGCAGCCAACAAAGAUUCCAGCAAUGGCCUCGGCAUCGUCUAUGGCGCCGCGGACAGCGCAGCCGCGGGGCUGAAGGAACUGGGGCUUCAGCAUCCUGAGAGCGCUCGGACACGAGGGUUCACGCUGGGAACGGAGAAGGACCCGUCGUUACUCCCGCAGAGUGCUUAG